GGGCCCGCCUGCGGCAUGUCUGCGGGUGAGGUUAGGAUGGAGGCGGCGGACAUCCUGUGCGCGCUGCAGGCGCGGGUGGCACUGGUCCCAGGCUGCAGGGACCUGGAGGAGCGGCCGCUGCUGCUGGUGCCGGUGCCGUCCGAGAACACGCCCUGGACCAAGGAGCGCCUGGACCUCGUGCUCAGAUACUUCGCCUCCAUCUUCAGCCCCGAGACGCGGCGCGCGGGGCUGAGCGUGGUGGUGGACGGGCGCACGGGGUCGUGGCGCUGCGCUAGGGUGGCCAUGCGGCAGGUGGGGGCGUCCCUCGGCCCCGACCUCGCCUCGCUGCUCGUCAUCCGGCCGGACGCCUUCUGGGACAAGCAGCGCGUCGACUCGUGCGCGCGCUCGCAGCGCCAGGGCGAGCCCGUGCUCAUCCCGCUGUCCAGGCUGCACAAGUACGUGGCGGCCGCGCAGAUCCCCGAGGAGCUCGGCGGGCCCUGGACGCACAACCACCACCAGUGGAUCCAGAACAGAAUCUACAUGGAGACCUUCGCGCGCGAGGCCGAGACCGCCGCCAACGACCUGGACAAGCUGCGCGGCCGCCUGGCGGGCCAGCAGGCCAUGCUGUCGGGGGAGUCGGCCGCCACCACCAACCCCACCACCAUCGGGGCCAUCACCAUCUCCGCCAGGAUCAACCUGGACCAGCCGCCCGUCACGCUGGAGAACUACCAGCAGGCCAAGGAGUCGGCGCGGAAAGUCGUCUCGGACGGGCGAGAGCUGCUGGAACGGCUGGACAAGGACUACUCCAGCGCCGCGGAGCAGCGGCGUGAGGGCUCGUCCACCUCGCCGACGUCCUCGCCGUCCUCGCCGUCCUCGACGCCGCCCGCGCCGCAGCAGUCCGUGCCGCAGGACGUGGUGGACACGCGGACGCGCAUCGAGCGGCUGCUCGAGCUGCUGGCGGCCAAGCAGGCCCUGCUGCACGACGCGUGGCACAGCCUGCAGGGCACGCUGGUGGACGCCAAGGAGCUGGCCGCGCUGGAGGAGCGCGUGUCGCAGGUCACGGACUGGAUCCUCGGCCCCGCCGAGAACAUGCUCAACGCGCAGCGCGAGGUGGGGCUGGACGUGGCCUCGGCGGAGGAGCUGCGGGAGGCGCACGAGGCCCUGGAGCUGCAGUGCAGGAACACCUACGGCCAGUACGCCGAGCUGCUGCACCGGCUGGACUCACGACCCGCCGCCGGGCUGCCCCUGCCCGCCGACCUGCGCAGCCAGAGGGACUUCAUGGACUUCGCGUGCCGCAGCUUCGCCACGCGGCUAGAGCGGCGCCGCACCGUACUCAUCAGCUCGCUGCGCUUCUACCGGCUGGUCGACGAGUACCUGGAGACCACGGCCGACAUUCUGGAGGCCCUCAUGCGCGAUGGCGACGUCGAGGCGCUCGAGUCGGUGGACGACUCUCUGCGGCAGCUCCACAUUCACCAGGUCGACGUCGACGAGCUGGAGCGGAUGGUGGUGCGGCAGGGCGAGAAGCUGUCCGACCUGCUGUCCAUGCCGGUCAAGGACGCGCUGGGCCGCGAGGUGAGCGUGGACUACGGCGCGCACAUCGGCCACGUGACGGCGCUGUUGGAGGCGGUGCGGGGCAGGCAGACGCUCUUCUCGGACACGGUGACGGUGCGGAGGCUGACGCUGCAGCAGGCGGGCCACGUGCGCGCCUACGAGCAGGACGCGGGGCAGGCGGUGCGCUGGCUCGGCGAGCUGCUGCGCGCCCUGCUCGGCUCGCACGCGCACGUCGGCUGCACGCCGCAGGAGAUCCAGCAGCAGAAGGCCGAGCAGCAGGCGCUGCAGGAGACGGCGCGGGCCACGCACCAGUACGGCGUGCAGCUGCUGGCCCUGGCCAGGUCCUUGCGCGUGUCCUGCCGGCUGCCCCUCGCGCCGCACCGAGUGCUCUCCGAGCACCUGGCCGCCGCCUGGGACGCCCUGCACGUCGUCAGCCAGGAGCAGAUGACGCGGCUCAGGGUGUCCGCCGUGUUCCACCGGUCCGUGCACGAGCACUGCAAGCAGCUCCGUGACCUGGCCGCCGCCGUUCCCGCCCUGGUGGCGGAGCCCGAUCAGUCCCGACGUCGCUGCCGGCUUCGAAAGCUCCUGGGCAACCGGGAACGACUACUGCUGGAGGUCGGCCGCAUGGUGCGCCUGGGCCGCCUGCUCCGCUCCCGUCUCAGGGAGCCGCUGGUGGAGGACCUGGCCAACGGCAACACCACCGCCAUCGAGGCCAUCUCGGAGCGGCUGUCCGAGGUGACGGCCUUGGCGGAGCAGCUGGACCGAGCCCUGACGGCGGCGAGACUCGACCCAGCCGCGCCGCCGCCGCCACCCUCCGUGGAGGACGUCACCGACGCCCCCGGCGAGGAGCCCGUCGUCGCCAGCGACCCGGAGAAGGCAGUGUCCGAGGACGCCGUCGACUCGCAGGCCGAGAGGAGCGACGCCACGACAACGGAGGAGUGGCGCUCCACGCUCGACCUGGCCGACAGCGACGCCGAGGUCAGCAAGGCGGCGACGGUGACGCCCGUGUCCGUGCCGGCGGCCUUGGUGUCGUCCAUCGCGCUGCCCGCGCCGCUGCGGCUCGCCGAGGAGGGCAGCAAGUCCGAGACGGAGGAGUUCAUCACGGCGUCCGAGUGCACGUGCCCGUCGACCUGCACGCCGCCGUCCAGGUCCUCGUCGUUUCACACGGCGUCCGAGGGCGGCGUCGCGUCGCCGUGGUGGGAGCUGGACCCCACGUCCGAGGAGGGCGACGACGCCGACCUGGACCGCCAGCAGCUGGGCAGGGUCAGCAAGCAGGUCCAGACGCAGACGGAGCCCACCAUGUCCCAGCCGUCCGUGCCCGCCGUGGGCGCCGCAGGGGGCGUCGACCAGCCCGCCGAAGUCAGGGCCGUCGUGCACCACCACGUCUACCACCUCCCCGACCAGGAGGAGCACCCCACCAGCUGCGACGAAGGGGAGCGAGAGGUGCUGGCCGGCGUGCUGGUGCAGCGCGAGGUGCGCGAGACGCGGCAGCUGCGGGUGCGCCGCGGGGGCGGGGAGACCCGCGCCGAGAGCGAGCUGUCCUGCUCCAGGAUCGAGGCGCACCAUCUCAACAACGCCUGCAACACGUCCACGUCGUCCACGUCCUCCACGCUGUCCAGCGGCACGAGGGGCGCGCUGGACUCGGUGCUGCAGACGGGCCACGAUGACGUGGACGCCGCGUACCGCCAGCAGCUGGAGGAGACCCUGCCGCUGCCGCUGCCCUUGGACCUGGACCUGGAUUUGCAGCUGCCGUCGCCGCUCGCCUUCGCGGACCACGUGCCCGUCCCGCACCCGUACGACGGCCAGGAUGAGGUGCACGACGACGACCACGACCUGGACAUGCCGCCGCCGCCGCCGCAGGAGCUGCUGGACGGGCUGAAGGAGAGCCGCGAGUGGCUGCAGCUGCGGGUCCUGGAAUGCACGCCCGAGCUGACCCGCCUCGGCGCCACCCUGGAGCAGGCGGUCCAGCUGCAGCGGACCCACCACGACGUCCUGGUCAAGCUGCAGAACAAGCAGAGCCCCGUGGAGGAGCUACUGCGGCAGGCCGACCAGCUCAUCUCGACGCAGGGCGCGCGCGCCGAGGUGUACGCGGCCAUGGCGGAGUCCCUGGGCGCCGCGUGGCGCGACGUCAACCACCACCUGGACACGCGCAAGCGGGUGCUCGACCUCAACGUCAACUACCACAGCCGGGCGGAGGAGUGCACAGAAAAAAUGCUAGCUCUGCAGUUGGCCUGCUCUGCUCUAACUGCCCCCAUGCUUACCGUUAAGCUCAACACAGUUGCUGACUGUGAAUCGGAAAGUGAGUCUCUCAAGGAUCAAUUGGGCAAAAUUCAUGACUUGCGUCGAGCCAUGCUGGAGACGCUCAUGCUUGCCCUGACAGAAGGAAAAACACUCCUUGAACUUUUGCGGGGAAUUGCUGCAGAGGGCUCCAUUGAUUCUCGACCUGAUACUAUGAGAGUUUCUACUGAAUAUGCUAUAUCACAGGUUGAGCAUUGGUUGGAGAGUCUCCAUGAUCGUCGGAAAGCUCUAGAUCUUACUUUUAAUGAGACACGUUCAGAGCUGGAGCAGAGAUUAGCUCUAGCUAUGCUAGGUGCAGAGAGAGCCAAGAUUGAAGAAUUUAUCUUAUCCCAGAAGAAAAAUCUCCUUUCUAGUCAAAGUCAACUGGGAGAUUCAGAAACAAGCAGCCAACUUCUUCUGUAUGAACAUCACAAAGUGUUCUCCGAAGCAAAGGAAAUUCAGGAGCGGGCUUUGAAGAUGACUCACGCAACCGAGCAGCUAGCAGCAUCUGGUGUCAGUGCAGCAGAGGUGGCAGUCACAAAGUCAUAUACAGUGCUUAAUAGUGCAGCUGAAUACUUAGAAAAGUGUGACACUCUUGAAUCAAUGCUAGAGCGCGCUGUGGCUUUCUAUCAAGCGGCACAUACUGCUCUGACGAAACUGGAUCAGCUGGAAGUCCAGCUAACGACCACUACUCUUGCUCCAACAUCUCAAGAGCUUUCAGUACUUCAUGCUCAAAUUGCUGCUGCUGCAUUUGAUGUUUCUGAGAAUGCUAUUGAACAAGGCUUAGGCCUUCUAGAUGCAGCUAGCAAUAAUAAUGCUGGAGCAGAGGGUGUGAAACGAACAGUUGAAGAAAUUCAAAACAGGAGGGAUCAUGUUGAAAGCUUGUGUACUGCUCACAAAGAAGAGAAUAUUUUAUUGCAUCAAGCCAUUAAUAAUUUUUUGGAGAAGCAUAACAAUCUGUACUCUUGGCUAGUCAGUAGAGGGGAGGCAUUUUUGCAAGGGCACCAAGACAUGGGUAGUGUUUUAGCAAUGGCGCAAGACUUCUGUGAGGUUCACCAGAAACUUAUUGCUGAACUUCAGUUGAAAGGGACUGAGAUAAACAAUCUCCUUUUGACCCUGCCUCCUAUACUGGAACAGGUAGAAGAAAAACAAAGAAUUGAAAUUGAUCAAAAGGUUGACGCACUGCACAAUUUAUGGUUGCAUUUAAAGCAAGCACUCGAAGAACGCAUUGACUUGUCUGCUCAGUUCCUCGAGUUUCAUGAAAAGGCAGUCCAAUUGGCUGAACAGCUGGAUUCCCUUGAAGACAAUUUGCGGAGACCAGGGAUUCCUGAUGAUCACCAUCAGAAAUUAGAUGACCAUUGGAGUAGUAUGCAACAAUUGUACAAAGAUUUAAAAAGUCUGGGUCAAAGUUUUAUCACUGAAGCACAAAAGGCGACAGAUCCUUACCUAGACACCAAGAGGGCUGUUCUGUGUGUAGAGACUCUUCUUGAACACUUUGCUGGCCGCCAGAUCACUGUUUCUGAUUCAAGAGAGUUAUGGCAGAAGUCUGCCACGAUUGAAAAGGAGAAAUUAGUGCAGUGGGAAUACAACCUAAUGGAGAGUUCAAAGACAGUGGAUUGGGUAUCCAAACUGGAUGCACAGUUGUACCCCAUUCUUACAUCAGGAUCUUCAUCGGCAACAGUUAUCCGACAGGACUUGGAAAAGAGACUUGAAACUGUUUUGCCAGAAGUACGGAAAGCGCAAAAUGAAAUUGACGAUCGAAUUAAAAAUGUUAAGUCAUUAUCCGAAAAGUUAGCUUCAGAAGAGGGCCAAAAUGAAGAUGGAAAAGAUGUGUUGGAGAAACUUACUGAUCUUCAAGGAAAGUUGCAGACAGUUUUGAGUGACUAUCAAGUGCUGGUUCAAUUACUUUUAUCUUUCUUCAAAAAUGUCAGUGAGCUGGAAAAAACAAUUGAGAACUCCCAAUCUGUAGAGCAUAGUGGUGAUGGUAACGUAGAGACGCUUUUGCGAGGUCUUGAUGCUUCAAAGCAGGCAAUAUCUGAAUUAUUCAAAUUCACUGAAAAUGAAAGUCAGCAAAUUAUUGAGAAAAUUAGACAGCAGGAACCUGAAGAAGCAGCAAAAGUUGAUGAAGCUUGCCUAAGGAAACUGUUAGCUGAUAAAUUCAAAAACUGGGAUGAAUCCUCAACCGCUCAAAGAGCAAGACUUGAAAAAAAUCAACAGCAAGGAGCCUUUGAUAGAGAUCUUGCUCAAAUUAACUAUGCUAUUGCUGACCUUGGCCGACAGCUUGAAGCAAUAAGAGGCCAAUAUGGAGAAUCACUUAGUUCUGCCAAGGCUACUUCUGCUGCCUUUGAUUACUUUGAAAAAACAAUUGAGCUUCUUGAACAGCGAAUUCAGACUUUUGUGUUAACAACAAAACAAGUCCAGUCAAGUGAGAAAUCUGGAGAUUCUGAUUCAGCACAUGUUGAUAGGGAGUUAAAGGAAUUGCAAAACCGAUGGAGUGAUUUUCGCAGUAAGGUUGCUGAGAGUAGGAAACUCAUUGAACUGAGUAUUCAAUACUUUCAACUUGUUGAAGAGGCUGGGGAAUGGUUCAAAGAGGGAAGUCGCCUACUUGUUAGUAUUGCACGCCGCUCCGCAGCAGUAAGAUUUCCUGAAUCUGCCAACGAAUUAUUAGCUGAGAUGGAAACUUUUUUGAAACCAGGCGAAGCUAUGCAAGAUGAACGAAUUCAAAAGAUAUUAGAACUUGCCAAGAUUUUAUAUGGAGAGGAAAAAUCACAGCAGGUGACAGAAGUUCUCAAAGAAAAUCGAGAAAUGUUAGAUUCCUUUUCUACCAUUAGCCGAGAGUUGAACAGUUUGGCAUCCUCUUUGUCCCAUGCAGAAAAACAUGAACCUCAGCCUGAACAAGAAAUCAAGGAUGGACAAGAAGUUAUAGGUGAAAACAUUAUCUCUAAGGUCACAACCAAUGUAGAGACUGUCAUUAUUGAACAACUUGACUCAGACUCAUCGCCACCAAAAGAAGCCGUCGAAACUUCUUUGAAUGGUGAUGUUGAGCCCAUGGUUGAAGAGCCAACCAAAGAGGAAUCAGAAACUGUGCCAUCAUUGCAAUCAGAACAUAUUGAUAGAGGAGUUGUAAUUGAAAGUCUUUCCUCAGAUGAGGUCGCUGAAGACACUGAACCCAAGGAACUAUAUACCUCCCCAUCGUUUGUUGAAUUUUUGAAAGAUGCUUCCAUUCAGGAAGGUGGAAAAUUCACCUUCCAGUGUCGGGUAACUGGCACUCCAGCUCCAGAUAUAGUUUGGGAAAAAGAUGGAAUAUCUAUCAGUAACAAUCCCGAUUACAUGACUAGUCAGGAUGGAGAUCUUUGUUCUCUAACCAUUGAAGAGACUUUCACUGAAGAUUCUGCCCGUUUCACCUGCCGUGCUUCCAACCCAGCAGGGUCAUCAGAAACAAGCGCUACCCUCAAUGUUAUUGAGUCUGAGCCUGAAGAGCAGUUACUUCCCCCAGUAUUCUCUGUGCCUCUGUCGGACCAAACAACAAAAGAGGGGUCAGCUCAUACAUUAGAAUGUGUAGUCGAGGGUCUGCCAUUGCCUACAGUUCAGUGGUACAAGGAAGAUAACUGCAUUGAUGACUCUGCAGAUCUUGCCAUAACUUAUAACAAUGGGCAAGCCAAACUGAGGCUGGAACAAGUUUCACUCUCUGAUCAGGCUCAGUACACGUGCAAGGCUAACAACACUCUUGGCAGUGCUAGUACCACAGGACAUCUUUCUGUAGAACCUCUGAAGCCAAUUGAGGGACCAACUUUCACAACACCCUUAUCAAAUGUGAUGGCAAGGGCAGGUCAAAAACUGAAACUGGAAUGUUGUAUUGCGGGUUCGCCUCCUCCUUCUCUUGUGUGGACUCAUGACGGAAAGCCGUUGAAAGAAACAAGAGAUUUGAAGACAUCAUUUGAGGAUGGAAAGGCAACACUAGUUAUAUCAGAAGCAUUCCCAAAAGAUGCAGGAACAUAUGUUUUAACAGCAAGGAAUGACACAGCUGAGACUGUUUCCUCCUGCUCUGUCAUUGUGAAGGGCCGCUUACCCACAGAAACCUCUGAUUCAGAGUUGGCGAGUGACUUGGAACCCAUCAAACCCUCCAUUCAGAUGGCUCUGAAAGAUGCGGAAGCCAAGGAAGGAGAUAAUGUGCGUCUAGAUUGCAUUAUUGUCGGACAACCGGAGCCAGAGGUGAUUUGGUACCACAAUAAUCGCCCAGUGAAAGAGUCGGCUGAUUUCCAGCUUCUGUUCCAUGGAGAUCGGUGUUCUCUGGUACUCCGUGAAGCCUUGCCAGAGGAUGCAGGUCUAUAUAGAGUGGUAGCGAUUAACUCAGCUGGUGAGGCCUCUAGUCAGUGUCAAUUAAAUAUAACAGCUGGUGAAGAAAUGAAAGAAGCUACAAAACCUGAAGCCAACACAGACAAACAAGAAGAAAUAAUGACUGUAGCACCCAAAUUUACUCGCCUACUUGCCGACGUAUUGGCUGCUGAUGGAGACACUGUGAGAUUUGAAUGUGCUGUUGAAGGGAAACCAAAACCAAGUAUUCGUUGGUGCCAGAACAAUAAGGACAUUGUCGAGUCCGAUCGUAUUAAAACCAUAGAACAAGAAGAUGGAACCAUAAUUCUAGUCAUUGAAUCAGUCACUGCUGAUGACCGUGGUGUCUACACUGCACGAGCAAGCAAUAGCCUAGGAGAAGCCAAAUGUUUCUCAAAUUUGAUUGUCAAGUCUGCUCUCUCAGAAAGUAAGACUGUCGAACUGGCAGACAAACAAGUCCCUCCAGAUUUCAAAGAGAAAUUUGCCGACCAAUUUGUGGCUCCAGGGGUAUCUGUCAAAUUUGAAUGCAUAGUCACUGGAAGGCCAGCACCCAAAGUGCGCUGGCUUUUUAACGAUGAACCAGUGUCUGGGAAGAACUUCCUUGUAUCAAAGAGUGGUGACAGGGAUGUUCUGUCCAUUCAAGAGGCAGAGGCCAGUGGGUGCAUUUCUUGCCUUGCUGAAAAUGAAGGUGGACAAGCUGUGUGCUCGGCUAAGCUGGCUGUUCAAGAGGGCAGUAUCUUUGCCAUGUCAGGGCCAGAUGGGGGUGGGGUCUCCUCUUCGGAGGAGACUUCUCAAUCAUUUUCGAUGAAGAGGGCUGUUUUCAUGCAGUCUUCUUCAACUACGACAUCAUCAUCUGGAUCAGGACCUGUUCAGACGCAAGCUCACAGUGUUAGCACAAUGUCAGAACAGGUGUCCAAGAAAGCAGACAACGAACCUGCUUUGAAUAUUCAAUCGGAACACAAACAAGAAAUUCACAGGGUAAAUGAUGAAUCAUCAGUGAAGACAGAAAGCUCCGUGUCAGUUUCACAAGGAGGGGAGGAAAGGAAAGAGACUAUCAAGUCAGCCAGUGGCACCAACUUAGCUCUAGCUCAAGCACCUUUAGGCGGGCCGUCCAAACCGACUCGGAAGUCGACAGCUCCCCGCUUCGUCACGCCGUUGAACGGCAGGAUAGUGGACCAAGGGGCGGACAUUCUGCUGGAGGGAAUCCUAGAUGGCUUCCCCAGCCCUACGAUUUCGUGGACCAAGAACGGGGUGGACCUGGCCUCCCUGCCCGAGGCCGCGUCCAUCAGCACCUCGUGGGAGCUGAACCGCGUCCGGCUGGAGAUGAAGGGCGUGUCGGUGAAGGACGCCGGCCGGUACACCUGCCGCGCCGUCAACCCCGUCGGCUCCGCCACCAGCACCGCCGACAUCAUUGUCAAAAAGACGGUGUUCCCACCUGUCAUGGGGAAGCGGCUGCAGGUGCAGCAGGCGCGCGUGGGCGAGCGCGUGGCCAUGGAGGUGGAGGUGACGGGCCUGCCCGAGCCCACCAUCACGUGGUCCAAGGACGGCAUGCCGCUCAGCGCCUUCCCGCACCUGGAGAUCCGCACCAAGACCCAGGGCAACUGCCACACGCUCAUCAUCGACAAAGCGACCCAGGCCCACGCCGGCAACUACGCCGUCAAGGCGACCAACGCUGGCGGGGAGUCCAACUGCUCCGCCGACGUGGCGGUCUGGGACGCGCUGCCCGACGAGCUGAUGGACCAGCAGCAGCGAGACGUCAUCUUCAGGGAGCUCAUGGACUUCCCCGCUGUGCAAAAGCACGAAAGUUUCCAGACGUCAAAGCAAAGCUUCCUCCAGACCGGAGGCUCCUCGUCGUCCUUGGUGUUCAAGGACGUGCCCGUGCCUCACGUUUCCUCCGCCGCCCCCACCACCCCCGCCGCGCCCGCCCCCGCCCCCGUCGCCGUCGCCGCCCCCACUGGCCCGGCGGCCGCGGACUCACUGCAUGUCACUGAAACGACCAAAACAGAGAAGCACUUCUCCGUGAAGGUGGAGCGCACCGCCUCGCCGCUGCUGGUGAGGCCCGUGACUGAAACGCAGGCCAAAGUGACGACGAGCACGUUCUCGCUGGGCCCCGACCACAAGGAGACCAACAUCCCGAUCGCGAGGGAGGCGUCCACCACCGUGGUGCACUCGAGGGCGGAGCUGGACUCGCUCAACUUGCUGCCCAAGACGAGCAACUUGACGUACGAGACGGAGCCGCAGCGCAGCGCGGCUGAGGAGGACGGCUCCAUCGACAGCUCGUCCAUCCCCACGCAGACGGCCCUGCAGUUCUUCAUGUCCAAGAUCAAGGAGAGCGAGGACGGCGCGGCCAGCAAGCCCCUGGAGGGCAGGGAGCCCGUCGCCAUCCCCGUGCAGCAGAAGCUCACGGACAAGAUCAGCCUGUUCGAGCGGCCGCUGGACGAGCCGGCCCAGUGCAAGUCUCCGGAGCUCAAGGAGGCCAUCCCCGUCACCAAGCUGUCGGACAAGAUCAGCCUGUUCGAGAAGUACGAAGGCAAGUCCGAAGCCAGGGAAGAGACGAAGAAGUUCGACGACCAAAUUUGGAAGUCGUACAAACACGAAGCCCUGCCACAGCAGCAGUCGCAAGCAGCGGCGCCCGCGCUGCCCGAGUUCGUGGAGCCGUACAUGCCCGGCAAGCAGGUCAAGACGGACGAGCGGCACACCCGGGUGGUGCAGCAGGAGACAAAGACGUGGUCCGGCGCCAUCCAGGUGCCGGGCAAGCUGGUCCCCAGCUCGUACACGCAGCCCAUCACCUUCCGCGAGGAGUCCAAGACGUACCACAAGCACGUCGCCGGCCCAGAGGUGCUGCCGCCCACCACGCUGGACGAGUUCGGCCUGCAGCCCGAGCCGCCGCCAGAGAUGUGCUACACCCCCAAGCCGGAGCGGUCCACCAAAGUGCGGCCCCGGGAGGACAUGGCGGAGCGCGUCAAGAAGCUGCAGGACUCGCAGAAGUCCCUGGACCCCUUCCAGGUGCCGACGGGGGCCGUCAGGAUCUUCCCGGCGCCCGCGCCGUCCUCGCAGCCCACCACGCCUCAGACGCCGCGGGCCCAGCCCAGGCCGCAGCCAGCCCAGCAGCCAGCCCAGCAGCCAGCCCAGCAGCAGGCCCAGCAGCAGGCCCAGGCCACACCCGUGCACACGCCCUCGUUCCUGUGGCCCAAAACACCUGCGGCCGCGGCGCCUGAGCGCAGGGACGAGCCCAAGGAGGAGGCCAAGGAGGAACCCAUGGUGCGGCAGCAAGUGCCGAUAGACGACACCCGGAAAAAAAACGCGGAGACGGUAGGAGGCGGCGUCUGGACAACUCCAACUGCUGCUGCAGCUGAAGGGCCGCCCCUACCGUUAAACAACAUGUCCAGUUUUACAACCGUCAGCUCCUCGACGUCGUCCACGUUCGAGCAGAAGAGUUUCGAGACCAGCUCGUCGGGCCCCCUACUGGGCCCCAUUCUGAGGCCGGCGGCGGCCGACGUGCCCCUGAGAGCGACCUCGCCGCGCCCGGCUGCGGAAGCCAUCAGCAUGGAAAGACUGUGGACGAGUCAUCGAACUUCGGAGUCGGAGAAGACCGCGUUCACGCCCGUGUCGCCCCAGCCGGCCGCGAGGCCGGUCUCGGACGGCUACGCGGUGAGCAGGGCCUUGACCACCUCCGAAGCGAGCAUGUACUCGUCCGCGGAGCAGAGGCGUGGGCCCUCUCCCAGGCCUUCUUCCGAAGGCCUUGCCAUGGAGAAACUGUGGGCGCCACACAAGGCAGCAGAGCCGGGCGCGGCGCCGCCCUUCGUGGCCCCGGAGCGCCCCGUGUCGCCGCGGCCGUCCGCCGAGGCCGUGGCCAUGGACAAGACCUGGCCGCACAAGGCCGCCGCCAAGCGGAGCUGGCCGCCGCCCAGGGUGGCCGAGGCGGAGAAGGUGGCCAUCCCCUGGGCGCCGCAGAGCGAGCCCGAGAAAGUGUGGAGCCCGGAGGUGGACGCGCGCCCCGACGUGCGCGCCGACAAGUUCGAGUUCGAGCGCAGGGAGCAGAGGGAAGUGGUGCAGGGCUUCAGGCCCGUGGCAGCGCCCACCCCCGCGCCUGCGCCCGCCCCUGUGGCGAGGCAGCCACGGCCGGUGUCGCAGGAUGUCUCCAGCACUUUCGUGCCCAUGCCACAGGCAGCGCCUCUGACGACCAGCUUGAUAUCGCAGUCGUUCGAGAGCAAGGAGAACUUCGCGUCGUCCUGGAGCAAGAGUUCGAGCGAGCAGCAGUCAUGCAUCGUAGAGGAAAAGCACAUCACGCCCGCCGAGGCCAAGCGCAUCUGGCCCCCCAACAAGCCUGAUUACGAGCUGCAGGCGCCGUUGAUGGUGAAGAAGGUCCAGAAGACCAAGCCCGCCGCGCCCGCGCCACCGCCAGCAGAGCCGCCCAUCUACCUGGAGCCCGGGCCGCCGCCGGAGAUGGGCUUCGCCGCGCCCCCCACGGACCGCCGCAGGUCCAUGGUGGAGUCCAUCGAGGAGGACCUGGAGAAGAGCCUGGAGAAGGAGCCGAGCCGCGUGGUGGCCGGCGGCGUCAGGGUCAUCCCACCUCCCCUGUCCAAGGCCGCGCCAGCCGCGCCAGCCGUCAGCGAGGAGUCCUACUCCUGGAAGCAGGAGAAGUCGAGCUUCCUGGAGAAGAAGUCGACGACGACGAGGAAGGAGGAGUUCAAGUCGCUGUCGUCCAAGUCGGUGGAGACCAAGUCGGCGGAGGCGUUCCCCUUUCAGCCCGAGCGGCCCGUCGUCGCCGCGCCCGCCAAGUUCGUCAAGAGCGAGCUCGCCGGCAGCGACUACGAAAGCGACCUGGAGGCCAGCCGGAUCUCUAGCAAGUGGCGGCCCUGUGGCAGUGACACCGAGGAGCCGUCAUACCGCCGCGUGCGCCCGCCGUCCGCCCCCGCGGUGUCUGCGGUGUUCCAACCCUCGCAGUCCUUCGACAAGGCGGCGACCAGCCAGACGGAGUCGAGGCGGGAGUUCAAGUCGUCCCGCAUCUCGUCCAGCAUCGCCUCCACGCAGUCCAGGUUCACGCAGCGCUCCGCCCCCGCCCCCGCGCCGACGUUCGCCCCGCUCGACCUGAAGCCCGGGUCGCCGCCCACGUUCGUGCAGCCGGCCCCGGUGGACAUAAAGCCGGCCCUGAAGACGACCCCCGACUCGCCCAAGAGCAAGCACAAGACGGUGCGCGUGGUGGCGCCGCCGGAGAGCGGCUACAUGGCCGACACGGACGAGCCCCGGGCGCACACGCUGCAGCGCGCCUCCGCCACCUCGGCCUGCUCGGCCUCCACGGCCUGGGCCGCCAACGGCACGGUGCAAGGCAGGCCGAGGUCGCCGCCCCCGCCGGAGCAGAAGUACGAGCAGAAGUACGAACGGAGUGUGUCGCACCGCAUGAGCAGCACGUCGAGCACGUCCAGCAGCACGGUCCAGGGCAUGUCGCGCCGACAUGAGAGCAAGGCCUGCGGUGUGUCUGCAUUCAAGGAGGUGGUCCCGCCGCCUGUCGCAGCCGUCUUCGCCCCCAUCUGCGUUCCCCAGCUGCAGCCUGCCCAGCCGCAGCCUCCGCAGCCACAGCAGCAGCCUGUUGUGGAGCUCUCCGCCGGCCCGCCCUGCUUCGCCGCCGCUGCGCCCGCCGCCGCCCCGUGCGUCGCUGCUCGGGCCAAGCGAAGUGCGGGCCCACUACCGCGCAGCCCUUCCAAGUUCGUUAAGGGAGAGUUCCGUGAGAGCGACUACGAGAGCGACUAUGACGGCAGCCUUGGCCGCAUCCCAGCGGUCUGGCGGCCCCACGACCACGACGUGGACGGCGCGGACGGCGCCGCGUACCGACCCGUUCGCCCCCUGCUCACACCCACGCACCAUGCCGGUGCCCAUGGACCUGUCGGCCGAACUCCCACUCCACCGUCUGAGUUUGACAACCCUCCGCACUUUGGUGGACCUCCGCGACCCAAGUUUGAGCCUAUCGACAAGCAGCCCGUGGCAGCCGUAAGGCCCCGCGGCGCGCCCCUCGUCUCCAAGGGCCGGCCGCUGCACCCCCAGCAGCCCCAGCCCCACCAGCCCCACCCCCAGCCCGUGUUGAAACCCAAGGCCAUCCAGGCCAGGCCCCCGGAGCGCGUCGAGACCCUGGUGGCGGCCCCCGUGCCCCGCGCCGUGCCCCGCGCUGGGCCGCCGCCGCAGAUCCUGUUCGCGGCCGCGGCCCCCAGCAGCCACGCCCCCACGAUGCAUGAGACGUCCCAGUCGAUGAGUUUUGCCGAAGCCACCGAGACGAGUCGCCGCGUGGUCAGCAUGCAGCAGACGACGCGCGUCAUCAAGUUCAACGAGAAGCAGCAACAGCAGCAGCUGGAGCCCUUCCCCUUCCGCGCCGAGCCGGAGCACUCGGACCGGCGCAGGACCGGCACCACGCCGCCGCCGCCCAGGCCGACCAAGUUCGUGCCCGGCGAGGUCCGCGAGAGCGACUACGAGAGCGAGCUGGAGGCCGUGCGCUUCCGCGCCAAGUGGGCUCCCAACGACAGUGACGGCGACGAGCCCCACUACCGGAAGGUGCGGCCGCCCCCAGUGCAGCAACCGCCGCGGUGCGCCAGCGUGCCCGUGCCCGUCGAGAUGCCCGCCUUCGUGCCGCCCGCCCUGCCCGCCCUGCCCGCGCCCCCGCAGCCCUCCUACUCGGCCACGGCCUCGACCUCGCAGUCCGUGGACUACUCGGCCGAGCAGAAGAGGCUGCAGAGGGUCGAAGAAAUGCGCAGGCGGUUCGAGGAGAGGAAGUCCACCACGAGUUCGGAGUUCCAGACCUCCCAGAGCGUGAAGAGCAUUCGACGCUUGUCGGCUCCUUUGGGAUAUGAUGUACAAUUGGUUCCUGGCCCCCCUGCUGAGCUGGCUUAUGCUGGUCCCAAAGUGCCACCUCAGGCAGAAUAUAUUGCUUCAAGGCACAUGAAUGAAAUGACACAGACAUUCAAGUCGAAGGCUCAGAGGUUUGUUAAUGACAUUAUGACAGAUUCAAAGACCAAGCCAGAGAAACCAAUUUUGAAGAAACAGACCUCAACUGAUACCAAAGCACUUGUUCAAAAUGGAGAUGAGUCUCAAACCUACAGGGAAGAGUCAAGAGUUGCUGAGUACGGAACAAAGCACAUCGACCCUGAAACUGGUCUCAUCUACUUCAAGUAUGACUUUGGCUAUGAGUUCGGCAUCAUAUUACCGGGAGAAGGAAAAGCGGGGAGUAAAGCUUCUUCGACUGUGAAGAGGGCUAGAAUUGAACGCUCACUGUCCAAAGACGAUGGAGGAGUGGAUUUUCCAGUAUUGCAUGAGAAGAGUGGCAACGCGAUCAAGGGCUUCAGUAAGACAACUGAAGACAUCAAGAAUGUACCUCAGUUCCGCCCCAAAAAGUUCACUCAUUUUAAAAGCGUCAAAUGGGAACCAACCUCAGAGAGUGAAAUGUCUGAAAAUGAAUCAGAUGCAAAUCGUUGGAAGCGCUACAGCUUACCCCAGCCACUGUCUGCCAUUGAUAUUCCCAGGGCUGAUUUGAACACCCCAAGUCCGGUUUCACUGUCACCCAGUGUCCCCAGUCUGUCUCCACACACAUCAGCCACACCAGGGCCUGACUCUUCAGCUUCGCUUGGCAGUGCCCCAUGGACUGCUGCUGGAGGAAAGCUAUUCCAUCAUGUUUCAAACACAGCACCAGGACACGCUGCCGACGAUGCAGCACUGCAAAAGGCACCAGUUUUUAUCACUCCACUUAGAGAUAUUGCUGUUGUUAAUGGCCAGAGUGCUCGGUUUGAGUGUAUUGUGCAAGCAGAACCCCUUCCAAAUAUAUUAUGGUCCAAAGAUGGCAGAAUCCUUGAAAAUUCCGAAAACGUCCAGAUUCAGUUCCGAAAUGGUGUUUGUCGACUCGCUGUGUCCAAUGCUACAUCAGUUGACGCGGGGACCUACAUUUGUACGGCAACCAAUCGGGCGGGCACAUCUGCUUCAACAGCAACCCUCUUAGUGCCAGGUGAGAAGAGAACUUCUCUCAGUAAUAGGAAUUGAGGUACCUCCACUGUUUUGUUAACGUGUGGGAAAUGUCAGGUCUUGAAAAGGCAAACAGUUCAGUUUUGUUUCAGUGAAUUGGAUGAGUUCUUAAAAAUUCCAAUUUGUUUUGCUAGUUGUCCCCUUGCAUGUCCCAGAUAUUCCUUUUUCUUGUUUUAUUAGAUUACAUUUUAUUUUUCACUAAUGUGUUGUUCUAGUCAUUGAUCAAGAACUUUAUGGGUUUGGAUUACUACUUCCUGUACAUUUCAUGUUUCCAUUUGGUGUAACUUUUAUAGUCUGUGUUAUUCUUGCCAUUGUUAAUGCAUGUUGGAGAAAUUGAUGGGUAUAUUUUUCAAUGAGAUUUUGAUGGUGAUGUCCACAUUGUCUUGUUGGAUUAUCAGACUUUUGGGGUAUUUUCUUUUACUUCAGGGUCAAACCUCCUCUUUUCUGUUCCUAGGGUUCACUGGACUUAAAAACAAGUCUAUUAGAAUGUUGUUUUCCUCAAAGCGAUAUAGUUGAAAUGUCAGUCACUUCAGUAUAAUUGUUAAAAAUUGAAUUGGACUCAACAUUGAUGCGUUUAACCAAUAGAUCACUCUUUAUAUAGUUUUCUUUGCAUGUUACAUCUGACCUUUAUCUAGUCUUUGGUACUCUGUUUUAGCAUGUGAAAUCUGGGUCACUUCUAUUUUCUUACCUGGAUAAGGUUUUUGGAGCAACUAUGCUUUCUUUUCUAAGCUUUGGAACUUAUUCUUAUUUUAUCUCUUUUGUAUUGGUACAAAUAUCAAAUGCUAAACUUUCUUUGACACAGUUUACGCUUGGUGCUCAGUACUGCAAGAUUAAACAUGUGACACAGGAAGUUUACCAUAAGAGUAUCCUUCGGUUUCUUCUUGGUAUACUUUUCUAUCAGGCUGGCUGUUUGUACUGGUGGAUUAUCGGGUAUGCUUUUUAUUAAAUGGUGAUUUUGGAGCA